AUACUGCGUGGGCAACAAAAAAUUCAUAAAGAAGAAUGUCAUUCCAACUAUGUUUUGUAAGUGUGAUGAACAUAUAAAAAGAAAAUUUCUCGCAGAAAUUAAAUCGAAGGAAUCAAUUGAAUCUCUUGCUUCUAAAAAAAUGUAGUAAUAUGCUGAAAAGAGAGCGAAAGAAUGAGGAACAGAAAGAGUGAGUGAGAGAAAAGUUCAGAUGAUGAUACUAGUAAAGUGCUGAUUUCGCUCAUGCGCAUUCCAUUUCGCGGUAUGCAAACUUAGGUGAGUUACGCUACUGUAUAUAUACUGUGGUUAUAGUAUUUAGUAUGUUAUAUAGUUCACGGUCUUAAGGGGAAGGUGGAGUUGCUGUAUUACCGACAGAUAAUACAGAGGACUCCAGCUUUCCCUUAAGUCAGCGGCACACGGUGCUUGUUUUCGCGCUGAAUUGCUAGAUGGAUUUGCGUACUUGCUACCGUGCGGGCAAUUGUGCUGGUGGUCGUGUUAUUGGUUUGACUUCAUACGUUGCGAGUUUUCGUGCUGGCUGAAAGUCAAUUCUGUUUGAAAGACAUUGGGUGGUAAAUAAACAUGGAGCAGGGGGUCUAUUACAUAUCUCUUCCACUGAUCUAUAUAAAUGGAUUGCAGACAGCCUUUGUUUGCAGGCCACCGGAGUGUACCCAAAUGAAGGUCGGCCAUCUUGUUAGUUACAGGUCCGCUCAUGCGCGUCGGUUUCCACUAUUAUACGUCUAUGAAUACAAUAUUUUAACAAAAGGAUGUGGACGGACAUUUUACAGGUUUCCUUUAUCAGAUAAAUUUAUGUUAGAGCAGUGGCUCAAGCAAAUACCAAUGAAGCAUUGGACACCAAAUAAGGAUAGCCUCCUGUGUUCAGAUCAUUUUACAGAAAAUUGUUUUGACAAAUCUGCAUUUCAAGUACGCUUAAAAUCUGAUAGUGUCCCAACACGUUUUGGAGAUCCACAAACAGCUUGUAUAAUCUGCAAGCAGAAACGUUCACAUGAAUCGAUGCACUCAUUUUAUUUCCUUUCCAACAUUUUUAUCUUUCUUUGCAUGUAACUACUUCUUUCUCAUAAAUUAUACAUAAAAAAUAUAAUGAAACUUAUAUAUGUAUAAUUACUUUUUGUCAGGUCACUGUGAUCCAUCACCCUCUGAGGAAUGCACGAUUCGUGUUGCACAAGGCAAUGAAAUUACCUUUAUUUUACUUUAAAAAUAGCCAACAGUUCGGUUUCACGUAUGUGUCAUGAAUGUAACCUAUAAAAGUGAUUUAUUCAUUUAUCGAUAAACUGACGAUAAGAUGUAAAGUAUGCGGCAGAUAUUGGAAAAAAAAUGACAAUACUUCUUUUCAUUCGGAAGUACACACUUAUAAUAAACGGUUAUGGUUAAAAAUGUGAUAAAAGUAAUUGAAAAUAUUCAGAUACAUAAAGGAUAUGUAUCUGCUUUGUGCUACAGUCGGAUUUAGAAUAAGUAAAGUAAAAAAUUUAGUUAAUAAAGUUGUUUUCACUGAAAUUAUUACAGGUCACUCUCAGGGCCAAGAUUUUUAUUGUAAUCACAGAAAUCAGCUCAUAAAUCUUAUUGUUUCUACUUACAUAGACAUAAGAUUUUAUCACAUAGCACGUGAAAAUAACGAAAAGCCAAAUAAAAUACGUAAACAAUUAACUAAA